CUCAAAAUCAUCAACAAAACAAUUGAGAAAAAUUAAAUUUGACUUAAAUUAAUUAAUUUAACCAUGGAGAAGCCACAGAAAAUGCCGAAAGUUGCAAAAGUAAAGAAUAAAGCACCAGCAGAGAUACAAAUUACUGCAGAACAGCUGCUGCGUGAGGCAAAAGAAAGAGAUUUAGAAAUUUUACCUCCACCACCAAAACAGAAAAUAUCAGAUGAAGCUGAACUAGCUGAUUACCAGCAAAGAAAGAGAAAAGUCUUUGAGGAUAACUUGCGAAAGAAUAAAAGUGUUGUCAGUAACUGGAUCAAGUAUGCACAAUGGGAGGAAUCACAGAAGGAGAUUAAAAGAGCUCGUUCAAUUUGGGAACGUGCAUUGGACAAUGAUCAUCGAAACAUCACAUUAUGGCUGAAAUAUGCAGAAAUGGAAAUGAAGAACAAGCAAAUUAAUCAUGCCAGAAAUCUUUGGGAUAGAGCCAUAACAAUCAUGCCUAGAGUCAACCAGUUUUGGUAUAAAUACACAUAUAUGGAAGAGAUGCUUGAAAAUGUUGCAGGAGCACGUCAAGUUUUUGAAAGAUGGAUUGAAUGGCAGCCAGAAGAACAAGCUUGGCAAACAUACAUCAACUUUGAGCUUAGAUACAAGGAACUAGAUAGAGCUAGAAAAAUCUAUGAACGAUUUGUUAUGGUACAUCCAGAAAUUAAGAAUUGGAUUAAAUAUGCGAGAUUUGAAGAGACUCAUGGAUUUAUUAAUAGCGCUAGAACUGUCUAUGAACGAGCAAUUGAGUUUUAUGGCGAUGAUCAUAUGGAUGAGCGACUAUACAUUGGAUUUGCCAAGUUCGAAGAGAAUCAGAGAGAACAUGAUAGAGCUCGAGUGAUUUACAAGUAUGCAUUAGAUCAUUUACCAAAAGAAAAGUCACUGGAUCUUUAUAAAGCAUAUAGUAUUCAUGAGAAAAAGUUUGGUGACAAAGCUGGCAUUGAGGAUGUGAUCACGUCUAAAAGAAAGUUCCAAUAUGAGCAGGAAAUCCUUGAAAAUCCAACAAACUAUGAUGCUUGGUUUGAUUACAUCAGAUUAAUUGAGAAUGAAGGAGAGGUGGACAUAACGAGAGAUAAAUACGAACAAGCUAUUGCUAAUAAGCCUCCUGGAAAUGACAAAAAUCUCUGGCGUCGAUAUGUUUAUUUAUGGAUUAAUUAUGCAUUAUUUGAGGAACUAGAAACUGAAGAUAUUGAAAGAACUCGAGAAAUCUACAAGACAUGUCUUGAGCAUAUCCCUCACAAAUUAUUCACAUUCAGUAAAAUUUGGCUUUAUUAUGCACAAUUUGAAAUCCGUCAAAAGAAUCUUCAAAUUGCUAGAAAAACACUUGGAAUGGCUAUUGGAAUGUGUCCACGUGAUAAAAUCUAUCGUGGAUAUAUAGAAAUUGAGAUCCAGUUACGUGAAUUUGACAGAUGUCGAAUCCUUUAUGAAAAAUUCAUUGAAUUUAAUCCAGAAAAUUGCACGACAUGGAUUAAAUUUGCGGAACUAGAGACACUACUCGGUGAUGCUGAACGAGCCAGAGCUAUUUACGAAUUAGCAAUUAAUCAGUCUCGUUUGGAUAUGCCAGAAUUAUUAUGGAAAAGUUUCAUCGACUUUGAAGUGCAGCAAGGUGAAAUUGAGUAUGCUAGACAGCUUUAUGAGCGACUACUCGAGAGAUCUGGUCACGUAAAAGUUUGGAUAUCGUACGCGAAUUUUGAGCUUACUUCCGAAACAACAGAGGAUGGCAUGAAUGUCUCAUUAGCAAGACGAGUUUAUGAGCGAGGAAAUGAUGGGCAAAAGAAUCUUAAUGACCGCGAUUCAAGAGUUUUACUGCUCGAGUCAUGGAGAGAUUUUGAAAAAGAACAUGGCGAUGAUGAAUAUCUUGAAAAAGUGCUUGCAAAAAUGCCACGACGUGUCAAGAAGCGACAAAAGAUUGUAUCAGAAUCAGGCGAAACAGAAGGUUGGGAGGAAGUUUUCGACUACAUUUUCCCAGAAGACGAAAUGGCUAAACCUAAUCUUAAACUUCUUGCUGCUGCUAAAAACUGGAAAAAGAAUAUGGAUGUCCCAAUUAGAGCAUCUAAUGAUGGCGAUCAAGGAAAUGACAAUAAUGACUUAGACCGAGAUGAUUCUGAAGAGAGCAGCGACUCAGAGAAACAAGACGGCGAUGAAUAAACAUUUUCUUUUUAUAAAUUAAGUAUUUUAAAUAAAAAUAAUAGGAACUAGCUAUUUCCACAAGAA